UUCUCCCCGCGCCUCGACGACAUCUGGUCCGUCCACAGCUGCCGCCACGGCCGCGUCCUCUUCACCAGCAGCGCCCGUACCGGCAGGGGCUGCCGCCAGGUCCUAGUGUGGGAUCCCGUCACAGGCGACCGCCGCUGCAUAGGCAGUCCAACGCAGCUGGGUGGUCACGACUGGAGCGAGUCCCGUGUGCAAGCGGAUGUGCUCUGUGCUGCCGGCGACAAGGGCCACGUGCAUGGUGCCUGCCAUUCGAGCCCCUUCAAGGUGGUCUUGGCGUGCGUCAGCAAGGGCGUCGCACGAGCUUGUGUCUACUCGUCGGAGAUGGGAGCCUGGGCCGAUCUCAUCUCAACCUUGGUUCCAUUUGAUAUGUCUCCUUCUCUUGGCAGUAGAAGCAUCCUGCUUGGGAAUUCACUGUGCUGGUUCAUUUUUGGCCCUCAGGUGGAUAUCCUUGAGCUUAAUUUCGACAGACAGAGCCUAGCCGUGAUCGAGGUGCCACCACAUGCCUACGCCAACCAUCAGGGACUUUAUUUGAGUACUCUGGGUGGCGCGCUUGGUUUCAUCGUCAUGUCGGAAUCCUACAAAGCACAACUAUGGGAGAGGACAACUGAUUUUGACGGUGUUGCUGGGUGGAUGCCGGGACAGACUAUCGAGUUGCGCAGGCUUCUCCCUCUGAAAUCAGGGGAGUGGAUCAAAAGAGUAAUGUUUAUUGCUGGGGAUGAAUCUGAUAAUGUGGCAUUUCUGUCAACAUCUAGGGGCAUCUUCAUGGUCCAUCUCGAGUCAUUGCAGUUUGAGGAGAUCUUUAAAAGCAACCCUGAUAAUCGGCUGUCCACUAUCUAUCCAUAUCCAUUCAAAAGUUUCUUUGCUGCUGCUGCUGCAG